CGCAGUAGAGCAGCGUGGCGAGCAGCACGCCCAGCGGGGGGCGCGCUCGGCUCGGAUUCACCACCACCACCACCACCCCGCUGUCCGACGCCGAGGGCUCCGCGUACGAAAUCUCCCUCUCCUGCUCCUCCAUGGUACCGCCCGCAGAGAAAAUGGUGGCCGGCGUGCACGCCUUGCUCACUCCAAGACGACAUGUUCAACCUGAUGAGCAACUGCUGCAGCUGGUUCUCCAAAAUCCAGGAGCCAAUCAGGCGAGUGACUAUUCUGGUGGUCGGUCUUGACAAAGCGGGAAAGACGUCCUCCAUCCGAGGCAUGUUAAGAGUCCCCCACGCCGCGGAGGGAGGCCCCACCCACGGCUGCGCGAGGAGCGAGCUGAGGGUGGAGAAUUAUCUGGUCACCUUGCUGGACGUAGGCGGCUCGUCGGAGUCGCAGGGGGCCUGGGGGGAGUUUUACGGCGAAGCGCACGGUUUCAUCUUCGUGGUGGACUCCGGCGACCGGCCGAGGAUCAAGGAGGUCAAGGAGGUCCUGGCUGACCUGCUCAAGCAGCCCAGAGUGGCAGGAAAACCCAUCCUGGUCUUGGCUAACAAACAAGACAAAAUGAACGCCCUGCUGGGAAGUGAGCUGAUCGAGAUGCUCUCAUUGGAGAAGUUGGUCAACCAGAGUCGCUCUCUGUGCCAUAUUGAGCCUUGUUCGGCCUUAAUGGACCUACGGCGCUGGUCGGACCGGAAGGCGUUCCGAGGCCUCCGCUGGCUGCUGCGAGCCGUCUGUCUGGAUUACCCGCGGCUGUGCGCCCGCGUGGCGCAGGACGGCAAGAGGCCUCCGGAGCCCAGAGAGCGGAACGGCAAAUCGGAGAAGCCGAGAAGAAGAAACAAGAGUCAACGCAGCAAGUCAGACCUCCGUCAGGUUCACAGGCCAAAGGACAAGGAAAACGUGCGCAAAGGGGAAGGAAAGUUGCAGCCCAUCCGGGACAUACUGCAGAAGGAGAAAAAGACACUGAAGAAAUCCACCAGGAGGAAGAAAAGGCUCAUCAAAGCCGACGUCGACGAGCAAGAGGACGAAACGGCAAACGAGCGGGAGGAGGAGGAGGAGGAGGAGGAGGAGGAGGAGGAGGCCGGCCGAGGCGAGCGCGACAACGCCGGCCGGCCGCGCAAAACCGGCAGCGCGCUCGGCCCGCCCGGUAAGGCGAGACCGCGACGGAAGGGCAAGGCCGACGACGACGACGAGGCCCCCGAUGACCACAAGCCCCUCAGAGCCAAGGGGCAAAAGAGGAAAAAGAAGAAAGGUGCGAAAGUUAAAAGGAGGAACAAGAUCAACACGGAAGGAACGCCUGGAGCGUCGUCUCAAGCCGUCGACCUCUCGGCCACAUUUGAUCUUUACCGAAAAGCCAUACUGGCUCUGAAGAAGCGUCAGGAGGAUCGAGGACAAUGACAGAGGAAACCUGCUCGUGGGGCAUCUUGUGUGAUUUCCGCCGAAAUGGAAACCAGAGACAAAUUGAAAUGUGCAAAAGAUGAUUUCCAAGUGGAUAGAUGUGUUUUUCCAAAUUGGACAUUCCAUCGUGUCACUUCCCUGCAACGCAUUAAAGCAGGGGCGUCAAACUCAUUUUUGUCACAGGCUCGACUGUGAACCCAUAUCAAUGAAAGAUUACCACAUAGAUUCUAAUUACAUACAGUAUACACAACACAUUGAUGAAUAACCAAUUUUGAAAUCAGAAGCCUAUAAAAAAAACGUUUUUUUUUUUCAACUAUUACAUUUCUUUUCAAAGGGGGAUUGGUCACAAAAGAAAAAAAAAAUGCUUGCAAAUAUCUCAAUGGUAUAACACCAGAACACAAUUUUGAUUUGUUUUCGAGGGCCACAUAAAAUGAUGUGGCGGGCCGGAUCUGGGCCCCGGGCCACCAGUUUGACACGUGUGCAUUGAAGUAAAGCGAACAUAAAAAUUGUAUAUCCAUA